AUCGAAUUUCAAUAGUUGAAAAAUCUAUUAAUCUCUAUCUCUCUCUCUCUCCAUAUCCUCUAUCAGCCUUCCCUUUUUUAUUUUCUUUCCAAACAUAGCCUCUUCAAUUUUUUCAAGAAGAAAAAGGCAAGAUCAACACCAAUUUAUUUGCAAAAGAAUAUAUACAUACACGCAUACAUAUAGCUUCUUUGGGUUUAUAUCAAACAAGGGAAGUUUUUAAUCUGCUCCAACACUAACCCAUGCUAGCCAACACCUCUUGUUCCUCAAUUCCCUCUUCAAAGCCAAUCCCAUGCUUUGAAAAUGGUGAUAAUAACAACAAUAAGAGAAAAAGAAGACCUGCAGGAACACCAGAUCCAGAUGCUGAAGUGGUUUCACUUUCACCGAAAACACUACUAGAAUCAGAUCGUUACGUUUGUGAGAUCUGUAACCAAGGGUUCCAACGAGAUCAAAACCUACAGAUGCACCGGCGACGACAUAAGGUUCCAUGGAAGUUGCUGAAAAGAGAAACACCGGCGGUGAAGAAAAGGGUGUUCGUUUGUCCCGAGCCGAGCUGUCUCCACCAUCAACCUUGCCAUGCUUUAGGCGAUCUGGUUGGGAUCAAGAAACACUUUAGGAGGAAACACAGUAACCAUAAACAAUGGGUGUGUGAGAAAUGUUCGAAGGGGUAUGCGGUUCAGUCUGAUUAUAAGGCUCAUCUUAAAACUUGUGGUACCCGUGGCCAUUCUUGUGACUGCGGCAGAGUUUUUUCAAGAGUUGAGAGUUUCAUAGAACAUCAAGAUGCAUGCCGCAUGGGGCAAUCACAGAAAGUGCAGCAGCCACCUAGCUUGUCUCCAACAGCUUCAACCCCAAGUACUCCAUCUAGUGAUACCAUGUUCUUCAGCCCUACAAAAGAUAAUCCCACCACCACAAACCGCGGCGACCACCACAAUUUGGAGCUUCAACUCUUAACCACAUCCUCAAACCCAACAGAGCCCUUUGUUCCCCAUAAAGAAAACCAUAACAACACUCAUUAUUCCACUCAAUUACACCUCUCGAUCGGCUCAUCCGACGAAAAAAUGGAAUCGACUGUAACGACUGAUACGAGCAAGGUAUCGGCGCUCGAGCAACUGAAGAUGGCGAUGGCGGAGCUAGCUUAUGCCGAAGAGGCGAGAAAACAAGCAAAGAGGCAAGUUGAAUUGGCCGAACAAGAGUUCGAUAGGGCGAAGAGGAUCAGACAACAAGCACGAGCUGAAUUUGAAAAGGCUCAAGCUUUAAAGGAUCGUGCGAACAAGCAAAUCGAGACCACCAUUGUUCAAAUAACUUGCCAUGCUUGUAAGCAGCAAGUUCAAGACAGAACACCUGUGGAAGAGAACUCCAUUGUUGUGAGUUACGUUUCAUCAGCUAUAUAACGAGUACCGGUUGAAAAAAAGAAGCGAUACAGCAACAUUUGGUGAUUGAAUUUGGUAAUUUUUCACUUUGGUCCUUGACUUUUUUAUUAGUUCAUAUUGGUCUUGAAAUUUGGCAACCUUUUUCAGUUUGAUCCUUUCUGUUAAGGCAUGGUGACAUGGUAUUAUGAGAUUGUUCCACAUCAUCACCUAAAAUUUUUUUAGUUUUUUAAAUUAAAUUUAUUUAUGAUUUUAUAGUAUUUUCAAUAUUUUUUUGUAAUUUUUAGAUUUUAUAUGAUAUUUUUAAAAAUUCAACUUAAAAACCCAAGUUCAGGAUCAAAUUGGAAAAAAAUUGUUAAUUUUCAGGAUUAAUGUGAACAAAAAAAUUGAAACUGAAUUUUAAAAAUUUGUUAAAUUCAAAGGCUAAAUAUUGCUUUAUCUCGUAUUUAAAGAUAUUUUAUAAAGGUUAAUUACUAACAGUAACAUAUAAACCAAUUAAUCACAUGCAUAUAUACAUAAACUUUCCUUUGAUCUAAGUGUACCUUAUACUCUUUGAGCUUUUGAAAUUUAGUUCUCUGGUUUAGUUCCAAGAAUUUAAACCCUUUACUUGUUUAAUUUAAAAUCCAAUAAUUUGAUUUUUAAAUCUCAUACGUAGAGGCACAAAUUCUUAAAAUUAAAAACAGAGAGAUUAAAUUUUAAAAGCUUGAAAUGUAGAGGGAUUGGAGUCAGAAUUAGACUCUUUCUUUAGCCUUGUAUGAUAUAUGCUGAUAUACCAAGUUGAAUGAAAGGAUUGUCGUAUGCUGCAAUUUGUGUGAUGUAAGUUGUUCAUUGAUUUGGUUAAAUGAAAGCUACAAAUUAUGGGGUGUUGUAGGAAAA